AAAUGAUAAAGCAAAUUUUCUAAUUAGCUUUUGUUGAUUAAUCGGGUUAAUAAAUAAAUCAUUAAUGUAAAAGAUUUUAAUAUAAAAUAAGAAUCCCCAAAAAGAGCUAAAUUAUUCUGCAGAAGACGCGUCUUCUUUCUUCUUCGGUAAACUUCAAAUCAGAAGCGAAGAAGAGAUCAAAUCAAUCUGAUCGUAGAUGGGUUGUUUCAGUUGCUUCGACGGAACCCAAAAGGAACAGCGUAAGGAAGAAGAGAGACAAGCCUCCGCCGAAGCUCGUGCCAAAGCCGCCGAAGCUGCCCAGCGACGGAAAGAGCAGUUUGAUAAGUCUGCAGCUGGAAGAGCUGCACAAGCUCAAUUACAACAAAUGGCUAAACAAUCUGCAAAUACUAACAAAGGAGAGCCUGUUCUUAAGUGGCAAAUGACGUAGUGAUGAGUCCUGGUUUCAAAAGGAAUCAAUUUGUGCGAUUUGGUUCUUUGUAAAUUGUGUGUUCUUCAAUGUUUGCAAUACUUUGGUUAUGUGAAUUGAAGCUUAUUUUCUUCCUUAUUCAUCUGAUUAUCUUUUGACUUUUGUAAAACAAAAAAGAAAUAACAGAGUACAAUGUUAAGAUCAUCUCUCUGUUUUACUGUGAGCUCUGGACUUACUAUUCACUGUAUCCAAUAAAUAAGUUGUUUAGAGCGAUGUUAGAAUC